UCUUUGUCGGCUGCCCAUUGUUCACUCCGGAGCUAACACAUCGGCGGGUUAUCACUUCAUACUGCGCAUUAAAAUAACCUGACGGUGUCGCGGGCAACUGCCUGAGACAGUCGUGGAUUUGCUCUCAGGGUUUGCGACUUGUUCUCGGCCAGCAAGUUAAAACAGAAUGGACGAUGACCAGCCCAAAACCCUGUAUGUGGGGAAUCUGUCCCGGGACGUGACAGAGGCCCUCAUCCUGGAGCUGUUUGGCCAGAUUGGACCCUGCAAGAGCUGUAAAAUGAUAGUAGAUACAGCAGGUCAUGAUCCGUACUGCUUUGUGGAGUUCUAUGAGCAUAGACAUGCCACGGCCACAAUCGCAGCCAUGAACGGUCGGAAAAUUCUGGGUAAGGAGGUCAAGGUCAACUGGGCCACGACGCCAACCAGCCAAAAGAAAGACACAAGCAGUCACUUCCAUGUCUUUGUUGGAGAUCUAAGUCCUGAAAUCACAACAGAUGACAUUAAAGCAGCUUUUGCUCCAUUUGGGAAAAUAUCGGAUUGUCGAGUGGUGAAAGACAUGGCCACAGGUAAAUCUAAAGGCUAUGGCUUUGUCUCCUUCUUCAACAAAUGGGAUGCAGAGAAUGCCAUCCAGCAGAUGGGAGGACAGUGGCUGGGAGGACGGCAGAUCAGGACCAACUGGGCCACAAGGAAGCCUGCUCCUAAAACUACAAAUGAGACCACCAAUGCCAAGCAGCUCUCUUUUGACGAGGUGGUCAACCAGUCCAGCCCCAGCAACUGCACCGUCUACUGCGGGGGGGUCACAACAGGACUCACAGAGCAAACCAUGAGACAGACCUUCUCACCUUUUGGCCAAAUAAUGGAAAUCCGUGUUUUCCCAGACAAAGGCUACUCAUUUGUGAGGUUCAACUCCCAUGAAGCAGCAGCUCAUGCCAUUGUCUCCGUCAACGGCACAUCCAUAGAGGGCUAUGUUGUUAAGUGUUAUUGGGGCAAAGAAACAACAGACAUUGUGAGCCCCAUUCAGCAGGUACAGAUGCCCCAGCAGAACACGGUGAGCUUCGCAGCGCAGCCCUACAGUCAGUGGGGUCAGUGGUACAGCAACACAGCUGCACAGCAGAUUGGGCAGUAUGUGCCCAACGGAUGGCAGGUGCCCAGCUACGGAGUUUACGGGCAGACCUGGGAUCAGCAGGGCUACAAGUGAGUACCAGAGUCAUUUACAUGCUGCCGGUGCCGGAUGGACAGGCGUGGGCGCAGUGAGCAACGGGGCCAUGGUGGAGCCCGGGCAGGGCGUCAACGGGGCGGUGCUGACCAACCAGGCCGGCAUGAGCACCGCCGGCUACCACACCCACUGAUCACUCAGCACAGCGGGCCUCUGAAGUCUCUGAAGCCACAAGAUGAUACUCUGCUGGGGGAGGGAGGGCAUUAGAUGCUCUCUCUCUGAAACCACACAAAGUAAUUCUGUUAGAAAGGCUGGUACGCCAUUUUAUCAACCUUAACCAGCCCAUAACUUAACACCCACUGCCCAAAUCUGCAAGUGUAAAGAAAAACCAUCCACUCCGGGACACUUUUAAAACACUUUUAAAACAGCUAAUUGCUAAUGCACCUUUGCAUUCUUGGGCCCAUUUUAUUGUUUGGCGUAUUUUUGUAAUGCCUGCAGAUAUCUGGCCAAAUGUAAAUUAUAUAACCAUGUCAAGAUAUUUCUAGCACAGCCACAUUUUAGUUUAAAAGGAAGAUAGUAAAACACCUAGUUCUGUUUGUUUUCAGCCCCUCAGAGCCAAAGAGAAGGGCAGAAUUUUAUACCAACGUGUAACAAUCAUACAGGGAGAAGAGGCUACCAACGUUGCCACAGAAAGCACUCAGUAGUCCAUAGGAAGUCAUGCGAUGUGUUGAGUAAUGGGUGCAUUGUUUUUAUUUUUUCUCAAUUUGAAGCUCUCAUUUCUCACGUCUGUCCACAUGUUACUAAAGUGAAAAACUAGUCCAAGCAAGUUCUCAGGGUGUGUCAAGUCAUUCUGUGAAAUGUAGGAAAUCACUGAGAAGAUAAAGUACGCAGUUUGAGGGAAAGUGGGAAAACAAGUAAGAAUUCAGCGCUUCUCGACUGUCAUCUCCCGGGACGGACUGAUGAGUCUGUGGAUAAGAAAUGUGUGUGCUUGAGUGUGUGCAUGAACUGAUGCUUUUACACACAAGAACAAUGUCCAUUAAUCUCCCCCUGAAACAGAAAGGACUACGCCAUUAUAAUUUUUUUUGCAACGGAUGAAAUAGUAUCAUUUGUUUUUAUUUUUAGCAAAUUUAAAAUGCUGACAUUGUAUAAAGAGCCUUUUUUUGUGUUUAAUUUCGGGACUGUCUUAUAGAGAAAUGUUGCAGUGACACCGUUGAAAUCAUGUGACACAUGAGACCUUUUAUGUUUGUUUAUAAAACAUUAAGUGGCUGUCGACUUUAUUUUUUAAAUUGGAUUUUCAAUAUCUCAAAUAAACCAAUUGCAGGGAUUACUGCCACUCUUAUCUUACUAAUAGGCAGACAAAUAUUGCACAAAUACUUAAGGUUAUCUUUUCACAAAAUUUGAAUUACUAGUUUUUUUGUUUUUAAAAUGUUUUUGCAUUCCACGUUGUUUUCUGUUUUUAUGUAAAUAACCAAACGGUCUGUUUAAUUGUACUGAAUCUGUAUAAAGACGACAUGUUAAUCAAGGGAGCGAGCUUGCUUCCUGUUGGGCUAAUGGACUUCAUAAACGGCUGUUCUACAGUAGCAUCCCUGUCCAGUGUACAGUAGAGACGGUGCAACAUUUGAUUCUUCCAGAGGCUCGGACGACAAGCAGCAUUGCUAUGUAAUGCAAAAGCCUUUCCAUUCACAAGUAAUGCAUCAUUUAAGUUAUUCUGUCUUAAACCUAAACAAUUGUUUUUAUAGAUUAAGAAUCAACCGUAUAAGGAUCAGAUUUUUGCACUGUGGUCACCAUCAUUUUUAACAUAGUUAAACAAAUCCAUUGUGUUGCCUUAUUAUUAUCAUCAGUGAGUUACUUUUUAAUUUAACCAAAAAUCAUCCAAGAGUAGGCGGUGCCUAAGAAUGUGUUCAACCUAUGUUUUGGCAAGGACAGUUCUGUUGAUGCUUCAGUAACAUGGUUUGAGUUUUUGCUUUGUCCCAUUAAAAUGCUGAUGCUUAAAA